AUGAUAGGUGACCUGGGUGGAGGCUAUAUAACGGCCAUUGUUCUCAAUGUCAGCGUCAUCCCGGCGUCAUACGCGUAUCGUAAUGUACGGCGAUCUAACCAGCAUAGAGUCUCGCGCUCUCUCGCUUCCCAGUUUACCCUUUCGCGCCAUGCAUCGUGUCAGCCCUUGAAGAAGGUUGGCCUAUUUUCAGACACAAUUCUCGAGCUCGGCCCAUCGGUAGCUUUAAAGCUAUUCCCUACUAAAGACACCACCAGUGCUAGAGCUUACUCCUCAGAGAACCCCUCAGAAAAGCUUCAUAUCCGACUGUUAGGGAUACGAGAGAAUCAGUUCAUGGCGCCCCGUCAGCAUCAUUUCCUGGUGGCCCGCCCAAUCACUUUCGAUCAAAGCCAAUCAGCCCACGUAAUUGAGCCCCAGGUCGAGUCAGAAGAGUUGAUCAGCCCGAAGCCGAAUGGAGUCACAUUUGGAGAGACUUUGGAACUAGAAGAUCCGUCUGCCCCUGUCCUGAAGCUCCAGCUGUAA